AUGGAGGAUUUGAGAGAGAAAUUCGGCUCCGUUUUCCGUAUUGAAGACAAAAAAUUCAUCCGCGAAUUGCUUGCAGAAUGCAUCGGGACAUUCUUUCUUCUUUUGAUUGGUAACUCUGCCAAUGUUCAAGCAGCCGUAGCUGCUGGAGGUAACUCCACUUCUUGUCAUAUUGCUUGGGGUAUUGGAUUCAUGUUCGCCGUUUUUUUGGCUGCCAGUAUAUCCGGUGCCCAUCUGAACCCUGCAAUAUCUUUUGCUCAAUGGCUUCUGGGAAAUGUACCUUUCUGGAAAUUGCCAAUGUAUAUGUUUGCUCAAGUUGUCGGAGCUUAUUUGGGGUCUGCAGUAACCUAUUUCGGACAUCAUGACGAUUUACACAAAAUCGACGGGGGUAUAAGGUAUGUGACAGGGUCCAAAGCUACCGCUGGGUUAUUCACAACUUUCCCAUCAGCACAUAUGUCCGUUUGGGGAAGUUUCUUAGAUCAAGUUAUUGGAACUGCCAUUCUCUCUGGUUUGAUUUGUUUGAUCACUGAUAAGAGACAUCAAAUUCCAUCUGCAUUUGUACCCCCAUUGGCUGGUGGAAUCAUGAGCAUGGUUGCCAUGACUUACGGAGCUAACGGUGGAUUUGCUAUCAAUCCAGCCAGAGAUUUGGGUCCAAGACUGUUCUGUCUGUGUUCCGGAUAUGGAUGGGAAGUCUUCAGCUUCAACAACUAUGGGUACUUCUGGAUUCCAAUUGUGGGACCAUUCGUUGGAGCCUUGAUUGGAGCAUGGCUUUACAAACUCUUCGUCGGGCUUCAUGGCAUGAACGAAGUUUUAGAAGUCUCUGACGCCCCAUCAACAAAAGGAUACAAUGACUGGAGAUUUAAUCCUCAAGGACUCCUAAUUGGCUACGAUAAUACACUCUCAAGACAAGCUGGCCUACAAGUAAGUCAGUCACUUCAUGCAGCUACUACUGUCACCAGCCAACAACAACACCAAUUUGUUAAUCCAGCCUACAGGGCUGAUAGCCAGUAUUAG